GGCUCAGCAGCGUGCCUCGCUCAGGCAACAGCAGCCACCUUCAGGCUCUGAGCAGUUAAGAAAGCUCAUACCCCUCUUGUGAGUUUUUCCGACCUCACUAAUGAGCUUCGGCCCGUUCCGCAACACUCACGCCGCUCCGGUUUGGCCGCCAUUAGGCAUCAAGACAUCCACUUUUUCUUCCACUUCUACUUGAGUCUCUUUCUUUCCCCUUAAACUCAAGUCUCACCGUUUAUCCUUGGUGACUAUCAAACCACCGCCGUACUCGACUGGUGACACAGAUAAAUAUACUAUGCGAGAUGGCCCAACAAGAAGAAAUUCCUAUGCAAGCAACGCAAUCCAGCCCAACCCCUCAGAGAAAUGACACGGACGAGGAAUCCGACCUGGAGAAAUUCAAGGAGAUCCUUCCUGAGGAUAUAACAGUGGCCAUAUUCUGUGCUCUCUCAUACGAAUCCGUCGCUGUCAAGUACAGCCUAGAUGAAGAAUUCGAAUGCCGUCCAAAGACCAUCGGUCCAAGAAGAUACGUUUAUUCGUUCGGCCGGAUUGGAGAUCAUAAGGUCGUCAUAGCGCGACCUCAUAAAAUGGGGACCGUGAAGGCUGCCCAAUGCGCCGCGACCGUUUGCCAGCAAUUUCCAAACGUUCGAUUUGCCUUGAUGGUCGGCAUCGGGGCCGGUAUCCCUAGCCUUCCCAAGCAUGACAUCCGUCUAGGCGAUAUCGCCGUCAGCAACCCCCAUGAAAAUCAUCCUGGCGUAAUUCAAUAUGAUUUCGGCAAGUACGAGUCAGAUGGAACAUUCAUCCUGAAAGGGUCGCUCGAUAAGCCUCCACCGAUCUUGGUUAGCGCAGAUGGUUCCUUGGAAGAGGACGAAAUGAUGAACAGGACGCCACUCAAGAAGAUCCUGAGAAACAUCACUAAGCAGCCGCGGUAUGUACGACCAAGCGGAGGCGACAUUCUCUUUGAUGCAACGUUUCAACAUGUCAAUAAAGGAGGUGAUUGUGGUGAAUGUGAAGCAUCCAGCGAAAAGAAGAUCGUGUUCCGCGCCAAACGUGAGCCUGGGCAACCUACGGUUCAUCGGGGCCUUAUACUCUCAGGCAGCGGUGUUGUCAAGAAUCCUGAGGAUCGGGAUCGUCUGCGCCGGGCCCAUGACGGCGCACUCUGCUACGAAAUGGAAGCAGCUGGCAUUAUGGACGAAAUUCCUUGCUUAGUAGUCCGAGGAAUAUGUGACUACGCUGAUACUCAUAAGCAAGAUGGGUGGCAUCACUAUGCCGCGGCCGUCGCUGCAGCCUAUAGCAAGGCUAUUCUUCUCAAGGUCUAUGGUCAUGACGUGGAGGAAACGACGAGUAUGAAAGAAACAAUGGAUAAACUUUCUAAGAAAUUCACAGUUAUCAAACGACAAGCUUUAGCAACAGAGCAUGACACAGUCCUUGAGUGGCUCACAACAAUUGACUACUCUCCCGAUCAGAACUACUAUCAUAGUAGACAACAACACGGAACGGGCCAAUGGUUUCUAGACUCGGCACAAUUUCAAGCUUGGUUGAAAACCGAUAAACAGACAUUGUUCUGUCCAGGGAUUCCUGGAUCGGGGAAGACGUUUAUUACGUCCAUUGUUAUCGACUAUCUCCAGACCAACUAUGAGAACUCCAACGUUGCAUACCUGUAUUGCAAAGUCAAUCAACAAGACCAACAAACACUCGAAGGCUUGUUAGGAAGUACUCUGAAACAAUUAGUACGCAAGCAGUUUCCUUUGCCCAAAAUUGUCGUAGACCUAUACGAUCAACACAAGGCCAAGCAAUCACGGCCAGAACUAACAGAAAUCUCAACGGUUUUACGGUCCAUCAUUUCUCUAGGUUCAAGAUCUUUCAUUAUCAUCGAUGCGCUAGACGAAUGCCAAAACCACCUCGGGUGCCGAGACGACUUCCUGGAACAAAUUUUCACCCUUCAAACCAAUGCUAGAGUAAAUAUCUUUGCAACUUCUCGACCCGAAGAGGUUCAGACUAAAUUCAGCAAGAGCAUUGUACGGGAAAUUAUCGCUACAGACGAAGAUAUGAAAACAUACCUGGACGACCAGAUAUCUCAGGAAACAGUAAAAGAGGUUGAGGAUGCUCUGAAAGAUCUUGCCAAGGGCGAAAACAAAUUAGACGAGGCUUACGAACAAUCAAUGAAGAGAGUCACGAGCCAGGAGCCAAGCCGCAUACGACACGCAAUAGAGACUCUAAAAUGGCUUUUUCAUGCCAAACGGCAACUCAACGUUGAAGAGCUCCUAGACGCCCUUGCUAUUGAGCCAUCUCAGUCAACGCUGAACAAACGCUACCGUCUCGGAGUCAGAAGACUACUCUCUAUGUGCGCCGGACUAGUGAGACUCGAUGAAAAGAGCGAAACCAUCGAUUUGAUUCACAAGACAACACGGGAUUACUUCGACAGAACCAAAGAAACUUGGUUUCCAGAUGCAGAAUCUAACAUUACGACUCUUUGCGUUACCUACCUCUCAUUUGAUGAAUUUAAGAGCGGGUUCUGUCAAACAAACGACGAGUUUGAGGAACGCCUGCGGUCAAAUCCGUUCUAUCACUACGCCGCAAACAACUGGGGACUUCAUGCUCGCGAAGCUUUGGAGGAAGUCAUACGCUUUCUAAAGUGCAACACAAAGGUUGAAGGGUCGAGCCAGGCUAUGCUCGCUCGGAAACGAGUAGCAAAGCACAUAAGAGGAGCUCAUCUUACGGCAUAUUUUGGACUAGACGCAAUAAUGAAAACCUUACUUGAAGAUGGUAUCGACGUCGAGUCGAAGGAUUCCUUUCGUCGGACGCCGCUGUCGUGGGCGGCGGGGAACGGGCACGAGGCGGUGGUCGAGCUGCUGCUGGCGACGGGCAAGGUCGAGACGCCGCUGUCGUGGGCGGCGGAGAACGGGCACGAGGCGGUGGUCGAGCUGCUGCAACCAAACACCAGAUAG